AGAAGAAGGAUAAGGAAGUGGUGGAUGCUGAAGAUGAGAAGUAGGAGAGCAGUGCCAGAGAGGGGGCUCUGAAGAUCACACUGCACGUCCUGAGGAAAAUGAACCAGAAGGAGCUUGCUGACACACUGGAGAAAAAUGAGCUUGCUGUGAUUUACCAACGUGAACUUAAAUCUAAUCUAAAGAAGAAGUUUCAAUGUUUAUUUGAGGGAAUCGCUAAACAAAGAAACCCAACACUUCUCAAUAAGAUCUACACAGAGCACUACAUCACAGAGGGUGGAACAGGAGAGGUCAAUAAUGAACAUGAGCUGAGACAGAUUGAGACAACAACUAGGAAACAAGCAAGACCAGAGACUGCAAUCAAAUGUAACGACAUCUUCACACCUUUAACUGGACAAGACAAACUUAUCAGAACUGUGCUGACAAAGGGAGUCGCUGGCAUUGGAAAAACAGUCUCUGUGCAGAAGUUCAUUCUGGACUGGGCUGAAGGAAAAGCAAAUCAGGAUGUUCAAUUUGUAUUUUCAUUCCCUUUUUGGCAGCUGAAUUUGAUGAAAGGUGAAAAUCUCACUUUGAUUGAACUCCUCAAUCACUUCUCAAUGGAAACCAAACAAUCAAGAAUAUCCAAAUACGACAAGUACAAAGUUCUGUUCAUCUAUGAUGGUCUGGAUGAGUGCCGACUGCCCCUAGACUUCCAGAAGAACAAGAUCUGUUGGGACGUCACAGAGUCAACCUCAGUGGAUGUUCUGCUGACAAAUCUCAUCAAGGGAAAUCUGCUUCCCUCUGCUCUCCUCUGGAUAACUUCCCGACCUGCAGCAGCCAGUAAGAUCCCUUCACGGUGUGUUGACCAGGUGACAGAGGUACGAGGGUUCAAUGACCCACAGAAGGAGUACUUCUGGAAGAGAUUCAGUGAUGAGGACCUGGCCCGCAGAAUCAUCUCACACAUAAAGACAUCAAGGAGCCUCCACAUCAUGUGCCACAUUCCAGUCUUCUGUUGGAUUUCUGCAACAGUCCUUGAACACAUGCUGAAACAUAAGAGAGAAGAGAUGCCCAAGACUCUGAAUGAGAUGUACACACACCUUGUGGUGUUUCAUACCAAACAGAAGAAUGAAAAGUAUCUUGGGAAAGAAGAGACAGGUCCACACUGGAAUAAAGAGAGCAUUCUGUCACUGGGAAAACUGGCUUUUCAACAGCUUGUGAAUGGCAAUCUGAUAUUCUAUGAAGAAGACCUGACAGAGGCUGGCAUUGAUGUCAAUGAAGCCUCAGUGUACUCAGGAUUGUGCACACAGCUCUUUAAAGAGGAAUGUGGGCUGUACCAGGACAAGGUAUACUGCUUUGUUCAUCUGAGGAUUCAGGAGUUUCUGGCUGCUGGGAAAUGGAAGCUCAUCCAGAGUCCGCAGCUCAUCAGUCCCAUCGUCCUCUGA